GUGUACAGAUGCGUUGGUGCAGUGGGAUUGUUUCCUCGUGCACCGACAGAUGCACAGCUUUCGGGACGCGCUUAGACAAUGGGGAAGGCACAGGCAUUUCUUUCUGUUUUAUUCAUUGCAUCAUGUUUCCUUGUAAGCACUGCACAGCAAACAGGAUGCCUGGAUGAAAAUCCGCCAUAUGACAUUGUAUUCCUUGUGGAUAGUUCUAGCAGCAUCGGUACUCGAGACUUCCGGGAGGUUAAGAUGUUCAUGCACACUUUUGUGGAUGGUUUGGAUAUUGACAGUAAAAAAGUACAGAUUGGCCUUGCUCAAUUCAGCACCGAUACCCACGAAGAGUUUCUGUUGGGGAAGUAUGCAAACAAAGCAGAGCUAAUUAAGAAGAUAGAUAACCUUCCAUACCGAACAGGAGGCACGUAUAUGGGAAAAGCCAUGGAUACCCUUAGGGAAAGUUAUUUCACUAAAGAGGGUGGAAGCCGUAUCAAUGAAAAUGUGCCUCAGAUUGUUAUGGUGAUCACAGAUGGAGACUCAGUCGAUGAUAUAAAGGGACCUGCCAGAGAUCUGCAACAGAAGGGUAUUAUUAUCUUUGCUAUUGGUGUCGGUCCCACCAAUAAGACUGAGUUGAAGGCUAUAGCCAGCAGCCCACCUGAGCGUUUUGUGGUUAAUAUCGACAAUUACCAAGCACUGCAAGGACUGACAACCACCAUGAAAGAGACAGUCUGUAUCUUGAUGAGGGAUCAGGGGAAAGCUUUUUCCCCAAAGUUUGCUGAUGUAUUUGUCCUAGUAGAUAGUUCGGCCCAGAUGAAGACACAGCAGAUAAGGGAACUUCUCACCCUACUGGUUGAGCGGCUCGAAGUGGGCGAUGCAUCUCAUAAGAUCGCGCUGGCUCAGUUUGGCGAGGAUGUCGUCAACCAUUUUCUGUUCAGUGACUACCAAGUCAAGGAAGAAGCCAUCGAGUACAUAAAUCAGUUCGAGCCCAGGCCCAAUGGAGAGCGAAAAUUAGGAAAAGCCAUUGAUUUUGUUCGCAAUAAUAUUCUUUACACGGCGUCUGGCAGCAGAAUUGAUAAAGGCUACCAGCAGUAUCUGCUGGUGCUGAGAACAGGGAACUCAUAUGACUCUCCUGUGAGGGCCAUAGAAACAAUGAUGGAUGAGGAUGUGACCGUUAUUGAUAUCAGAUUCGAAGCAGAUUUAAAAUACCUGUUACCUACUAUAAAUAUUUUCCAGAUUGACCAGAAUAUUGCUGAUGUUGCUUCAGACAUCACAAAAAUGAUUCAGGAAAAAGAAAUUUUCAAUGUUACAGGAGACUGCACAUCAGCCCAAGUGGCGGAUAUUGUGUUUAUUGUGGACGAAUCGGGUAGUAUCACCCCAAGCAACUUUGAACUGAUGAAACGCUUUCUCGACCGCACAAUUCGUGGUCUAGAGGUGAACUCUGACAGUGUGAGGGUGGGAAUGGUACUUUACAAUGACAUACCCAGUGCUCAAUUCUAUCUGGACACAUUUGUUAACAAGAGUGAAAUUCUGAACUAUGUUCAAAUCAUACCAUACAGAGGUGGAGGAACCUCAACAGGUGCAGCCCUAAGGUUUGCCAAGGACAAUCUGUUUACUAAGAACAGGGGCAGCAGGAAAGAUCUUGGUGUUAAGCAGAUUGCUGUUGUCAUCACUGAUGGCAAGUCACAAGAUGAAGUCACCAACUCAGCUUCUGAGCUGAGGCGCUCGGGAGUCACUGUAUAUGCCCUUGGGGUGAAGGAUGCUGAUGUGGAGGAGCUCAUAAACAUUGCAUCCCACCCUAAAAGGCAGUUUGUGUACAAUGUGGAAAGUUUUCAGAUGCUUAGAUCACUGGAGAAAAGCCUCGUAAAGAGCCUUUGUAAGGAUGUGAUCAGUAGAAGUUUUGACAAGAAAGAUAGAUUUCUCCUAAAACAAGGAUGUGUGAACACAGAGGAAGCAGACAUUUAUUUCUUGUUGGACCACUCUGUCAGCACUCGUGCCGACUUUGAAGAUGUGAAGAAAUUUAUCAUAGGCUUCCUGCAGUUAUUCAACAUUGGACCAGAUCACGUACGCGUGGGAGUUGCUAAAGUCGCCCAUGAUCCUACUCUACAAUUCAGCCUGACAGAGCACAAAAACAGAGCCUCUUUAGAAGCAGCUGUGAAUAACAUCAUUCAACCCAAUGGAGGCACAGAGACAGGCAAAGCACUAACUUAUGUGGCCGAUCUUUUCAAUCAGGCUAAAGUGUCCCGUCCGGCUAAGGUGCAGGAGAUUCUCAUUGUCAUUACUGAUAAGAAAUCCCAAGAUGACGUGAGCGGACCAGCGGCAGAGCUGAAGAUUCAAGGUGUUUCAGUCUAUGCCAUUGGAGUCAAGGAUGCCAGCCAGGAAGAGCUCUUGAAGAUGACGAUUGAUGAAAAAAAAAAAUUCUAUGUGCCCAACUAUGAUGGCCUGAAUUCCAUCAAGAGUGAAAUUGUCACAGAUAUUUGCUCACAAGAGGCCUGCAAGAACAGGGUGGCCGAUAUCAUGUUUUUGGUUGAUGGUUCUUCUAGCAUUCACAGCGAUGACUUUCUGUUAAUGAAGACUUUUAUUACCAAAGUUGUAAAUGGUACCGUUAUCGGAGAAGAUAAUGUGCACAUUGGCGUGGUUCAGUUUAGCGAUAAUCCAAAGAAUGAAUUUGCCCUGAAUGAGUACUAUGACAAAGGUAAAGUAGAGGAUGAGAUUAAGAGCAUUACACAGAUAACAGGGAACACAUACACAGGAAAAGCACUCUCGUUCAUUUCAAAGUAUUUCGAUGCACCCGGCGGUCGGCCUGAUGUUCCACAGUUCCUCAUAGUUAUCACAGAUGGGGAAGCUCAUGAUACUGUCGCCAUGCCUGCCAAGGCCAUCAGAGACAAGGGUGUCACCAUCUUCUCAAUAGGUGUGGGCAGGGUAAACACCACACAGUUGUGGGAAAUCAGUGGAACUCAAGAUAAAGUGUACGUGGAGAGGAAUUUUGAUGCACUUAAGUCCAUAGAAAAAAACCUCCAGUUCAAGCUCUGCAGCUCUGACACAGGUUGUCCGAGCAAACAGUUGGCAGAUGUGAUCUUCUUGGUGCAGUGCACCAGACGGAUUCCUCCUCAAGAUUUUGAAAACAUUAAAAACUUUUUAAUUUCCGUGGUGAACAGCACACAGAUUGGGGACAGUCUAGUUCGCUUUGGUGUUAUUGUCUACUCAGACACUCAGAAUCAGUUCUCUUUAAACCAGCACAACAGUAAACGUCAGGUACUGGAGGCCAUAAAUACCUUGAAGUCCCCAACUGGAAACAAAGACACAGCAAAAGCUCUUGCAUACUCGCUUGCUUAUUUCAAUGAUGCAAAAGGUGGGCGCCCGAAACGAGGCAUCCCUCAAAUGCUAUUCGUGAUCACGGACGGUGAUGCUAGAGACCGAGAAAACCUACCUGCAAGGGCUGAUGAGUUUGUAGCCAACCAUAUAAAUGUGUAUGGAAUUGGAGUGGCCAGAGCUCAAGAUAGUGAGCUGGAGAUGAUUACCAAGAACAAAAACAAAAUCUUCCAUGUUAACAAUUACAAGGGCCUUCAAGAUCUGCAAAAGAACAUCUCAGGUGUGCUCUGCGCUGCAACCAAACCAGAAUGCAAGAACGAGGUAGCUGACCUGGUGUUUCUGAUUGAUGGAUCUACAAGCAUCACCAAUGAGUCAUGGAAUAUUAUGAUUAUGUUCUUGCUAAAUAUUGUGAACAACCUCCGUAUUACUCCAGAAUUUAUCAGAAUCGGUGUAGCCCAGUUCAGCGACUCAUAUCAGACAGAGUUCUUCUUGAAUAAGUAUAAAGAUGUAGAUGGUGUGAAGUCAGCAAUUCGACAAAUCAGUCAAAUUGAAGGAAGUACAUACAUUGGAGAAGCUCUGCGUAAAGUUGUGGAAUUCUUCCAGGAAAGCAAAGGGAGUCGCAAACAGAGACGUGUACCACAGAAUCUCGUACUCAUCACUGACGGCGUUUCAGCGGACGAAGUGAAAACAGCAGCUGAUGAUCUCCGACGCUCCCAAAUUAAUGUUUUUGUGAUUGGAAUUGGGGAUUACUCGAAGCAACAGCUCAGCUAUAUUGCCGGGUCACAGGAUAGGUUAUUCGAGGUGAAGGACUUCAGCUACCUUGAUCUGGAAACAGCACCAUUUGUUGAUUCCUUUUGUGGUCAACAACCAAGUUGUACUGUUGAUAUUGGCAUCGGAUUUGAUAACUCCCGCACCAGUUCAAGUUAUCGCUCAAUAUUAACAGACCAGAAAAAGCUGCAGGCCUACCUGCCUGAGAUCGUCCGCUACAUUUCAGUUGUGCACAAGUUGUGCUGUAUCAACCAACCAACCCUCAAUACCAAUGUAGGCUUCCGAUUGGUUGAUGCUGAUGGAAGGAUGCUGGAUGAUUAUUCCUUCGAAGAGUACAAUGAUGGCGUGGUACAAAAAGUGAUGGCACUGCAGACUUCCAAAUCUCUGAAAUUCAACACCCAGCUUCUAAGCUCUUUUGAGGAGAAGUUCAGAGCUUCCAAUUCUUACGUAAAGGUGCUGAUAAUCUUUACAGAUGGGUUGGAUGAGCCUGUUGAUGACCUUCUGGGUGCCAUCGAAAACCUCAAGACGAGUGGUGUAAAAGCACUGCUGACUGUGGCGCUGGAUGGAUUUAAAAACACUGCUGACCUGCAGAGACUGGAGUUCGGGCGAGGGAUGCACUACAAGAAGCUUCUCUCUAUCGGCAUGCAGAAUGUGGCCAGUGUCAUGCAGAAAGAGAUUGAUACAAUUCUCUCAAGGGAGUGCUGUAACGUGUUGUGUAAAUGCACUGGUCAUGAGGGAGGACGUGGAAAUCAGGGUCGUCCAGGGUUGAAGGGGUCACCUGGACUGAGCGGGCUUCCUGGUUACCCUGGAGAAGAAGGAGGACCUGGUGAGAGAGGGCUUCCUGGUUUGAAUGGAACUCGAGGACAUCAGGGAUGCAGUGGAAGAAGAGGUGUAAAGGGUGGCAGAGGUUACAGAGGCGAUGAUGGAGAGGAAGGAGAAAAUGGUUUAAAUGGGAUAGAUGGUGAACAGGGUGUAACUGGAGCAGCGGGAAGUGCGGGAGAGCGAGGAGAUCCAGGCAGCGCAGGUCCAAGAGGUAUCAGAGGAAGCCCUGGAACCCCAGGAGAACGAGGCCUGAGAGGAGAUCCGGGAGAUUCAGGACUGGACAACAACAGCCGCGGUCCUAAAGGUGACGUCGGCAGUCCAGGCAUAACGGGUGAACCAGGUUUAGAUGGUCUUCCAGGCCAAAUUGGUGAUAAUGGCAGACCAGGUCCUAAUGGCAGAAGAGGCUCAGCGGGUGUACCGGGUCCCAGAGGGUCUUCAGGAGAACGAGGACAACAAGGACUCCCUGGGGGCUCAGGUCCACAGGGUGCUUUCGGUCCGCCUGGUCCGGUUGGGCAGAAAGGUUAUCUUGGUCUACCUGGACCUCAGGGAUCUCCUGGCUUUCCAGGAAGGCCGGGAACUAAAGGAAGCCUUGGGUCCAGGGGACAGAAGGGCCAGCCAGGUGAUCCUGGAGUUAAGGGAGCUUUGGGACCUCCAGGCCUCAGAGGACUGCCGGGAAAAGAUGGUGCAGAUGGCUUUGGAUUUCCAGGACCCAAAGGACAGAAGGGAGAUUCUGGUUUCCCAGGUUAUCCUGGACUUCAGGGUGAACUGGGCUCUAAAGGAGUAAAUGGAGGUGGUGGUCCAAAAGGCAACAGGGGAAGAGGGGGCAAUGCUGGCAGGGCAGGACCACCUGGAGAUCCUGGCAGUGAUGGGAUGCCUGGACACAGGGGCCCAAAAGGACCACGAGGAACCAGAGAGAAGUCUGAUUGUCAACUGAUAUCAUAUGUUCGAGACAACUGUUUGUGCUGCAAAGAUAAAAUAAAAUGCCCUGCCUACCUCACUGAUCUUGUGAUUGGCAUGGACAUGUCUGAAGAUGUGACUUCUCAAGGCUUUGAACGCAUGCGUUCUGUAGUCCUGAGACUGCUGGACAAUAUCAAUGUUGCAGAGACCACCUGCCCGACGGGGGCCCGCGUGGCUGUGGUCUCCUACAGCUCCUUCACCAGAUACUUGAUCCGCUUCAAUGACUAUCAGCGCAAGAAUCAGCUUAUUGAAGCGGUGAAUAACAUCGCCUGGGAACGCUCUUCAAAUCGGCGUAACAUAGGCGCUGCCAUGCGGUUCGUGGGGAGGAACGUCCUGAAGCGUGUGCGAAAGGGUGUCCUGAUGAGGAAAGUAGUGAUCUUCCUCUCUGCUGGAGAGUCUCAGGAUUCAACCUCCCUCAACACGGCCAUUCUAGAGUACAAAGCGCUGAACAUUAAACUCGGGGUCAUCGCACUGAGGAAUAUCCCUACUAUUAGAAAAGCUUUUGAGGCAGAUGAAACCCAGAGUUUUAUCUUCACUGUGCUGGGUAGAUUGCAAGACCAGAGUACUAUUCUCAGUAAGAUCCAGAGUUGUGUUAUCUGCUUUGAUCCCUGCAGACCAGCUAGAGAAUGUGAUGGCACCAACCUGGCACCUGCUCCUCAGGAGUUAGACAUGGACUUGGCGGUGAUUGUGGAUGGCUCCCGUAGCAUCCUGGCUGAUGAAUAUGAGGGUGUGAAAGAGGUGCUCGGCAGUGUGCUCGAUCAGAUUGUUGUGAGCAGCCGACCCAGCGGGGUCGACAGACAAGCAAGAGUGGCCGUCUACCAGCAGAGCUCCACAUACAGUGAAGCCCAGUCUGCUGUGAAAGUGAUAUUUGGCUUCCAACAGUUCAGUGAUCGCAGUCUAAUGAAGAGAAGCAUCUACCAGGAUCUAAAGCAAACCGGAGGCUCUUCCAGACUCGGCCUUGCGUUGGAACAGGCCGUAAUGCAGGGCAUCCUCACGGCUCCUAAGGGUCGCAAGAACAAGAUGGUACUGGCCAUCAUUGGGGAGGAGACGACAUCUCAGGACAGAGCAAAGCUGGAGUUGGUCUCCAGGAUGGCGAAGUGCGAGGGUGUUGUUUUCUUCACCCUGACGGUGGGUGACCACAUCAGUGUUACUCAGGUGGAAGAGCUUGCCAGCUAUCCUGUAGAACAGCACAUCAUUCACCUAGGCCACUUGAAACAUGGAGAGCAGGAGUACACGCAGCGCUUCAUGAGGACGUUCUUCCACAUUCUGAGCAAGAAUGUGAACUCCUACCCUCAUCCAUCACUCCAGAGUCAGUGUAGUAAUUUUCAAGGUCAAGGUCAGCCUAUUGAGUACGAGGCUGCAGAGAGACCCGUGUACAGUGUUCCUGUGCCAUCCGCUGAAUACCCAAAUGUAGUGGUGGAAGAGGAAAUGGAGGAAGAAAACACUGCACAGGAGGAGACUGAGGGUCUCUGUCACCUAAACAUUGACCGUGGCACCUUCUGUGGUAAAUAUAUGCAGCGAUGGUAUUAUAAUGAAGCAGCUGGUGCAUGUUUACCCUUCUGGUACGGGGGCUGUGACGGUAACAGUAACCGUUUUAGUUCAGAAAAGGAGUGCCUUCAGACCUGUGGCAAACAAAAUCGUAAAAUAAUCCUGCAGGCAAAAGAGGGAACAGCAUUAUUUGAUGAUGUGUGCCGCAUGAAACAGGAUGAGGGUUCCUGCACUAACUAUGUUUUGAGCUGGUACUAUAACAUCCAGCAGAAUGAAUGCAUUCAAUUCUGGUUUGGAGGAUGUGGAGGAAACAAAAACAGGUUUGACACACAGAAGGAUUGUGAAGCCCUUUGUCUAAGGGACAUUUAACCUGGAUGACUCUCCAAAUGGCACUUUUUAUUUUUUACAUUUGAAUGAAUGUUCAGCAUUUUUCAGAACAAAGGUGCACUCUCGCAUUUAGCAAUCAUUUUCACAAAGCUAGAAAACUGUAUUUGUGCAGGUUUUUACUACAAAAAAAAGCCAAGAAUUACCCACCAGCAGCCCAAUGCAAAAGCAAACAAGUACUUUUUAUUUUUUGUUUGUGGUACUUUUAUGAAGUUAUACAUCAGCUAAAUCACACUGUACGUGUGUAGAUUAAAAUGUCAAUGUACAUAAAGGUUUUUAGUGAAGAAGCUCUGUGAUAGCACCAAUAAUGUGCAAUAAAAAAUUUUUUUUAAUACAAAUUAAAACAAUUUUUACUGUA